AUGACGUCACGGAGGCCGCCGCGCGACAAUGGCACUCGCCCGCGGCCACGCCUACAGUCGCCGUCGCCCUCUCGGCCGUCCGACCCUUCAGCGACUUCAGUCUCGAUGUCCCGUUCCGUCGUCGUCGGCAUGAAGUUCACCUCAUUUCUUGUUUUUGCUGUUUUGGCUCUGGCUGGAGUUCAAGCCGCCAGCGAGAUCUCUGUUCGCAUUGAGCGACAUUUUCCUUGCUCAGCGAGCUCAGGUUCGUCAUUUUUCUCAGCGGAAAACGGGUUCACUGCUUUUUUAUUUAUAUGAGUUAUAUAUAAUGGUCUCUUGAUAGAUUGCUUGAUCGACUAAAUCACUCCGAAGUUAGAAAACGCUGAAAGGCUUGUACGGACUCCUUAGUCUAUGAUCGAAUAAGAGCUAAAGAUGUUUUUGUGAUGAGUUUAUGCAUAAUUUUUCAAUAUGGUUCGAAAAAAUAUCAAAGUUGAAAAGACUCAUGUUUCUAAAAGCCUUACUGACGUACUUCCAGGUAUGCUGGAAAGAGUUGUUUCAUGACUUGCGAUAUUUUAAAUUACUUUUUUUCAAGAAAUUAUAAUCACUGAACGGCCUUUUUUUAUAUUUCCGUGAGAACACGCUUUUUUUCUCAAAUUUAACUAUCAAUCCUCCUUCUGUCAAAAAUAAUUUUUUUGCUAUAAACGACAUGCAAACAAAAAUUUUUUUCAAUCAGUAGAGAUUUAAAAAAAUGAUAUAUUUCUCAUUUCUUCUCACUAUUUUUUUCUCAGGCACAUCAAAAAAAGCUUACAAAAAGGUCAUUUUACUUUGCGGUUGGGAUUUUUCUGAAAAUCCGUCAGAACGCUCCUUGACGUACUAGAAAACGAUUCUGAAAAAUUCAAUUUCCACAAAUUCUUAUUUUUUGAGAAAGAAAACCUCAAAGUCAAAGAAAACCCUCAAACUCCGUUAAAAUAAGUUAAAUUGGGGCUUUGAGCCCUCAUUUUUCGAAAACUCAGGAGUUGUGCAGUCUGAAACUUUUAGGAUACUUUUCUGGUACAUUAAAGAGUGCGAUUUUCAAGUGAUUUCCAAAAGCAAAGUUAAAUGAGCUCCCCUGUUAGGGAAUUACUCUAUCACCACAAUUUGCCAAAGUUAAAACUUUUCCACUUUUUUUUGGAGUCGCGGAUAAAUUUUUCAAAUUUUUUCUAUUCUAGCUAUCGAUGUGAAGCUUUUGUUUAAUUUUUUUUUUGUAGCUUCGCCAAUCGAUACUUUCAAAAAAAUUCUUUCCUGACCCGAUAUCUAGAAAGGUCACAUCAAGCGGAACAGAUCGAUAAGUGAUAGCCGAUAUCAGGGCGAUUUCGGCCGUCCUUGGCCAGUCUCGAUCACCUAGAUGUGCGUGUCGCCGGGUUUCCUGUUUUGAAUUGUCUACGUUGUCUGAAACGAGCGCCGUCUCGCCGAACUUGGCACCGUUAUUGAUUUUGGAGAUGAUAUGGUUCUCUGAUAGAGAGAUCGUUUCUGCAAGCCGCGUGGAAAAAAAACAGAAUUUUUCGGAUGCGCGGUUUGGAGCAAAGAUAAUAGUAUGGAUAAGGGAACUUUUUGGGUGUUUUAUUAAGAUUCCGGCAAACAUUUCAGAACGGAUAUUAUUCCUUACAAAUAAAUUACAUAUCACCACGUGGAGCGUUAGAAAGUUCUAUCACCAGUCCUAGAUGGAAAAUUGGAAUAUCCUGUCUUUUUUUUAUUUCAGAGUAAUUCUUAACGUAGAGCUGGAAGAAACUUUGCUUAGCCUUCAGACUCCGUGGAAAAUCCGAAAUCGCAGUUUCUUUUUUCACUCAAAUGCGAAAGCCAAACAAAUAAUUAGAAAUCAGGAAGAGUUGCAGAUCAUGUGAGAGAUAAUUAUCGAAAAUCAUUAGAAAACAAAAAAAAAACGAUAAUGUCUUUAUUUGAAAUCAUCAAUACCGACUUUGAGGAGAACUUAAUCUUGACAGUGGCGAAAAAGUUUUGAUGAUUGUCCUACUUACAUAAUUCGUUCUAGGACCCAAAAAAGAGAACCUACUGAUAAAGUUCCCGUCUUACAAAACUGCUGGAGUCGAGUUCCACGAGGAGGUCAAUGAACAAGGCCACAAAUGUUUCCGAAUGGCCGGCGGCAAAGUCGAGGUAUCAUAAUCAAAUAAAAAAAUUAAGUUUAUUAUUGUUGAUUGUUCAAGGUAUACGGAGGAGGACUUGAUGGAUCGAAGAAAUAUUACGUCCACUUGGAAACUCGCAUCGGAAUCCAUGGAAAGCCAGAACGAUGUGUCAACGCCGACUCUAAUGGCUGUGGAGGAAUCGGAUCUUGGUGAGUCGUGAUCGGAACUAUUCAAAAACGCCAGUUCGAAUUUAUUGUUUCUUAAAAGAUUCAUGUCUUGAUCGAAUUGAAAUUUAGAGGGGAAACUGAGCUCUAGUAGUUCCUCGAAAAGAGUUCAAAUUCAGGUAUUUGUAGGACUUUCAAAGUCUGUCCCAGAUCAUUUAUGAGUUUCAUCUGAAGGCAAGAAGAAUGUUGACUGGGGUUCAAGACUUGUUUUGUUUAAAUUUGUAUUUGGCCCCUGUAGGGACCAAAAAGUAUGUAUUACUCAUACUUAAAGCGAUAAAACCCAAGCAAAAUACGAAAAAAAAUUGAUCUUGUCCGACAGACUGUGAAGAAUAAAAUUGUCGUUUCCAAUAUUUUCCUUUUUCAAGCUAAGGCUUUUGAACGACCUUUUAAAGGCUAGUUUCUUAAAGUUUCUUGAAAUAUCUCGAUCCUCUCUGAAAAAAUUUCGUCUAAAUUUUGUAUCUCCGAGGUUAUCAAAAUAUUUUUUAACUACUGAAGUCUGAGUUCAAAUAUUUUCUAGCCAGUUUCCACUAAUUUUUCGCGAUAACAAACGGUGGCUCCGAGUUUUUUCUAUGUUAACAGGCUAUUUCCAGCGUCCACUGCGAUAUCUGCCGCACUAUGGGCGGCUCUCUCAAGAAUUUUGUCCAAAUCUUCCAAGGUGACAAGCCAGCUCAAUGCUCUGUUCAGGUAACCUUCCUCACAUUUCAAGCUCCCAAUUUAAUAUCUCUUUUUAGGGUCUCCCAGCCGGAUUAUACACCGACCUUUCCUUGAGAGUUUGCCUGCCAACCAAAAACGAACUUCUGCCGUUCCUUGACCAGGUCGGUUAUUGAUUUUAUUUUUCUUGUGUUUGAAAGUACAUCAUUUUGAAGUGAAGAAAAUCUGACUCGUUACAAACCAAUAAAUGUUUGAUUCAGAACGCCAGUCGUGCUGAGCAGCUGUGGGACCUCUUUGUCAGCUCUCGAGCUCGCUCUGGUGUAAGUUCCAUUUUUUUUUUCUUUGAUAACUGAAAAAAACUUUUUUUAACCCAACUGGUACGCAAAGCUCAAACAACAAAAAAAUAAAUACUGAAAAAUUGAGAUUACUGUAAAUAUCUUUCCCCAUAAUUUAAAGACCAGGGAAGACUAUUUUUUAUCAAGUCUUCUCAUUAAAAUAAGUUCAAAAAAAAUCAGAACCGGUAAAUCUCCUAUUUAUCGUCAAAUUACAAUUUGGCCCUCUUCCUAAAUGUACAUUUGAUUGGAAUGUUUUCAAGGUACGUGAAAAAGUUCAUCUUAAAAGUUUUUCUCAAUUCAAGAGAAACCUUUUGGUUUUGAGCUGCUCUCCCAAGAUUUAAAUAAUUUUUCAGCGACUUUUAUGAAUUUUAUCGAGCAUUGUGAAUCUCAGGAGAUCCCACUCGUGAUCGCCGCCCGAAUCUUCGACCGGCCCAUCAACAACCUCGACGCCAAGCAGCUCAACACGAUUCUCCACGACUCCAAAGAAGGAAUGAUCGGAUGUCACUGGAUCUACGCCACCGUAUCUCAACAAAACUAA